AGAGACUCCCUGAGUUGUUCUUAAAGCUGACUGCUGUGUAGUCUCGGUACUCGGUGUACUACGAGUGAAUGUCAAGCAUGCUGCAGGUACAGUAUAUAGAUAAGAGACGGCCCCUGAUGGAAGUUUUUGACAAGAGCUAUUACAUCACGGUUUCCUAUGAGGAGUGCAAGAGAAGGAGAAGUACAAGACAGUACACUGUUCCCGACCCUCUCGGCCUGUUUGAUGGCCAUGUGUGGCCGAUAUACCUGAAGCACAGGAGAGAGAUGGAGAGCAGCGGCUUGAAUAUUGAGUGCCUGGAUGGGUUGAAGUCCAAAGAUGAGAUCUACAACCAGGUGUAUGAGGACGUUCAGAACAAUCUGCUUAAUCGAUUAUAGCAGGAAGACUCCUCUCCAUCCCUGUACAGAACUUGUAAAUAGGCCCACAGAUUAUUUUAUUUAUAAGUUUUUUUAUAAUUUGAUUCUUUGUUUUUAAGGAAAACAAAGCAAUGUUGAGUUAUUGUAUUUUUUUUUUCGUCUUCAGAUGAUCAGUAUUUUUGUUUUUCCUUUUUUAAAGUGAUUGUUGAACCAGAGCAUUACUGUGUUACUGUUAUGUUAAACCACUGACUUGUACUGGACCAUUUGUCACAUUCUCCUACAAAUAAAUGCAUUAGUUGCUGUUAAUAUACAGUAAGUAGAUGCAUACAUUCAAAGUAACUGUCAUUACAAAAUUAAAUUUUGUUGAUAUAAUUCUA